AACAUGCAUUGUCAGUUGAAAGACUUUCAUAAUAAAAUGAAAUGUGCUGUUCGAUUAUGUGCUGAAGAAAACCAAAAGCUUGUUGAUAAAGAAGAGAAAGAAAUUAAUCAUCUUCUAAAAAUUCUCUUUGAAAAUGCGAAAAGGAAUUUUGAUAGCACUUUGUUUGAGACUGAGACGACUUCAAAAUAUGUUUCUAAAGAGUUAGAAAACAUGCAAAAACAGAUUUCCUCCAGCUACUUUGAUUCAAAAGAAAAGAUCAGAGCAAAUCUUUCCUUGGUACCAGAAGUAGAGCGGUGUUCUAUACAGCUACAGUCUGUUCCACAAAAUGUAUUACUCGUUAGCGACAGGUGCCUGAACUUAACUUCUGAAGUUAAUGCUGUGAAAACUUCAGAAAUGAAUUUAUUGGAUCUUUCCAUGUCUAAUUUGAAUGCUGCAGCAACAUUUACUCCAAACAGAGUUGUAAAGAAGCUGAAUUCACCAGAAGAAAGAAAAAAAUUAAUUGAUAGAAUCCAAAAACUGUUAGCUUUACAACGUGCUUCACAUGAAAAUAAGGCCUCUGCAUUUGAAAAAUGAAAAAAUAUCUCAUCCGUUUCGGUUGUGAAAGAAAAGUUGUAUCAAGUGAAGUACAAAUGAAUUUCUUCAAGACAAAGGCAUUUGAAAAAUAACUUUUAAAUUUAUUUUAAUGUUUUUACUAUUUUUAUCUUGUGC